AAUCGGCAAAUCACAAACUGUCAUUUUCAUAGCGACUUCAUUGUAUUUAUCGCAGAUUUUUCUAAAAAUAAACUGUUUCGUUUAAAAUUAAAGUAUUAGUUUUUGUGGGGCGUAUUGAUAAAUAAUUAAACUGGCGUAAAUAAAUUAAACAAUAUGUCUAACUUCGAGGACAACCCGUUUAGUGAUCCCGCCAUUGACAAUCCUUUUGCUGACCCUGCAGUGCAGCAAGUUGCUAGGAAUACCAGUGCUGUCACUCAAGGGCUUGACGACUAUAACCCGUUUGAUGGUCAACAAAAUGUAAAUCAAUCUACGCCUCCACAACAACCAACUCAGCCUGCCAUUAUGCAAGCUGUUUCACCACCUGCAACUGGUCAAUAUACUAGACCUGGGCCAGCAACCCAAUCUCAAGCUCCACCUUCAAACUUUACAACGGCUGACUUUCAGAGACGACAAGAGGAGUUAGAGAGAAAAGCAGAAGAACUAGCAAGACGUGAGGCUGAAUUACGUGCUGGCUCCGCAGGCAGAAGAAAUAACUGGCCUCCAUUGCCAUCUUUCUGUCCAGUACAACCCUGCUUCUAUCAGGACAUAAAUGUGGACAUUCCACUAGAAUUUCAAAGGAUUGUGAGGCAUCUAUAUCACUUGUGGAUGUUUCAUUCCCUUGUACUCGCCUUGAACAUAAUUGGCGGAAUGGCUAUGAUGAUUGCCGGAAUUAAGGGAGGAAUAACCCUUUUUGGAUUAUCAAUUCUGUACUUCAUUCUUCUAACACCAUUUAGCUUUAUAUGUUGGUACAGACCAAUAUACAAAGCUUUUAGAAGUGACUCCUCUUUUAAUUUUAUGGUGUUCUUCUUUAUAUUCCUUUUUCAAAUAAUUAUCACUUUGGUACAAUCUAUUGGAAUAAUAAAUGGAGGCUCGUGUGGACUGAUCGUAAGCCUCGAAACAUUUGGUGAGAAUGUGGGCGUGGGAAUCGUCACUCUCAUUGUCACUAUUGGCUUUAUCACCUGCGUCGUAGCUGAUAUUUUGCUCAUCACUAAAGUCCACCGUAUCUAUCGUUCAACGGGAGCGUCGUUAGCAAAGGCCCAAGCAGAAUUCACGACGGAAAUUUUACGCAACCAACACGUGCAAACCGCUGCUUCUAACGCCGCCGCAGCCGCCGUCAACGCUCAGAUUAACGCUAAUGCUAACAGAUAUUAACGGUUUUUCGACAAGGACCACGGCGAGUAAGUACAUAAUGUAAUUAUGAAAUUGUAAAUUUAAAACAUGUUUCGGUCUGAGUAUGUAUUAAGAUUAUGUGGCCAGUGUCAAAGUAGAAAUUCAUGUCAUCUAGGCGUGAACGUUAUAUUUUUUCUUAAGACAUCAGUCCACGCAGAAGCCCGUAAUUCAGAACGUGAAUCAAGCCUAGGUUCAAGAUCUAUCAUCAAGUUGACUAUCUUGAGA